AUGUGCCUGCUUGUCGACAAUUAUUGGGACGAAGAUGGCGACCCGUAUGGGAAGGCUGAGGGAGAUCCGAAUUUCUACACAACAGGGCGUAUAGGAAAGUGCGAUGUCGUUCUUGUUUAUCUGCCAAAUAUGGGCAAAGCAAGCGCCGCCAACGCCGCUUCAAGCCUCCGCUCCAGCUAUCCGCGAGUGUCUCUGGCACUUGUGGUGGGUGUCUGCGGCGCGGUCCCCUUCAUAGGGCCAAAAAGGGACCAGGUGGUCCUCGGCGAUGUCAUCAUAAGCAAGCUUGUUGUUCAGUAUAACCUUGGGAAGGUCCUGCCGGACCGCUUUGCUCGGAAAGAUACCGACCAUGAUCGCCUAGGAAGGCCCAACAAGAUUCUCCGCAACAUGCUAGCCACGCUAGAUACAGAUCUACAUAUCCAACGACUUGAACAACGGGCUGGCAAAUUGUUGAACCAUCUACUGAAGAAGAACGCGGAGAGACGCAAUCGGGGGCGGAGAACCAGAUACACCAGCUAUCAGUACCCGGGAGUCGCCAACGACCGACUCUUCCUAGCAAACUAUCGACACAAGCAUGCUCCUAGUCACGGGUGCAAAACAUGUGAUGCCUGCCAUAAGAGUACCGAUCCCGUCUGUGAGAUGUCCCUACAACGGCCGUGUGAGGAGCUCGGUUGCGACUGGAGUUAUCAAGUAUCAAGGGAAGGUCAAAUGUUCUCAGGUCCGUCCGAGUCUGAUCCUGUCAAGUGCUUCCUUGGGGAGAUUGGGUCGGGAGACGGCGUCAUCCGAUCUGGCGAGCACCGUGAUCAGAUUGCCAAAGAAGCCGGGGUAAUCGCUUUUGAGAUGGAAGGUGCAGGAGUCUGGGACGAAUUGCCAUGUAUUGUGAUCAAAGGCGUCUCUGACUACGCCGAUAGCCACAAAAGCAAGGCCUGGCAGAGCUAUGCCGCGGCAACGGCGGCAUCUGUAGCCAGGGCAGUGCUGGAAAAGUUUAUCAACACUGCUAAGGUCUCAUUCUCGGGUUCUCUGCAGUCUGUUGGCACGGCUCACGGUGAUCGCACCAGUCGCGGAACGGCGUACUACAACACCAACAUCGCGUCUUCGGAACAAAGAAUCACUAUGCCGGAAUCUGUGUAUAACACCGCCUGUGGAGGGGGGGAGUCUGUGUCUGGUCCGCAGGCCGAUAAUGGCAGUAACAUCAACAUGGUAUCAAACUAUGCUCAGGUUACGGCCAACAACCCGACAAACAAUCCUGCACUCAGACCGCCCUUUUCCAAUGUCCCAUAUCGUUCAGACCCUCAUCAUGUCGACCGCCCAAAGAUCAUGGAAUGGCUUCGGAAAAGACUGUGUCCGCCGCCAACUUCUAGACACAGUCGAGCUGCACUUUUUGGACUUGGCGGCAUUGGGAAGUCCAAGCUGGCCAUCCGCUACGCCGAAGAGUUCCGUGGGAAACUUCCACAAGCCUACGUUUUUUGGGUGACUGCAGGCAGCAAGGAAAGCUUUGUCCAAGGAUUUCGUCGGAUUGCUGAAGACCUUCGGCUUCCAGUUCCUUCAAGUUCGGGCAACGAUAUGCUCAGACGGGUGCGGAGCUGGCUAUGUGAUAACGAGAACGUACAAUGGCUCAUUAUUCUUGAUAACGCGGAUGACUACCGCGUGUUCAGGGAUCAAAGAACCACUAGUGAUGUUCUCCCAGCCAUAGACUCGGAAGCGCUUGAGACGUUUUUGCCACAAACAAACAAUGGCAGAAUCCUAAUCACGUCCCGGAGUCAACAAACAGCUGAGAUCUUGGCACUCAGCCACGAAGAUACUUGCUCUGUCCCCGAAAUGGAUGAGGAUCAGGCGAGACUGUUAUUCAGCAACAAGCUUGGUGACUGUGGCGAAAGCGAAGAUAUCGCACGGAAGGUCGUGCUCGCCCUGAACUGCAUCCCUCUUUGCAUCUCCCAAGCGGCGGCAUAUAUCCAUAAGCUACGGCCUCGGAUGACGUGUGCUAAGUACUUGGAGAAGUUCAAUGGCAGGAACCUCGUUGCUCUCAGCAGUCGUGACAGCAUAGAUCGAUACAACCUUGAUGCAAAAAAUUGCGAAGUGGAGAACAAAACCUGGCAGGUCACUUUCAACCAAAUACGCGACGAGCGACAGUCCGCUGCUGGUCUGUUGGCUUUGAUGAGCUCCUUCCAGCCACAGGGAAUUCCCGGAUGGGUACUCCAGAAGCACUACAGCGAAAUGGACAACGAUGACAGCAGCAUCGAUCUUAGCCACAAUGGUGAGGACGAGUUUGAAAAUGAUCUCAUCCUGUUACGGGAUUACUCCCUUGUGGCGGUGGCUCAAGAUGGAAAAUCGUUCCAGAUGCACGGCCUUGUACAGUCCUUCACUCGAAGCUGGUUGGAAGCUUCGCAUGAGGAUCACAAAUGGAGGCGCUGUUUUUGGCGACUGAUGAUCAAAACUUAUCCCGAAGCUGAACCAGCAAACUGGCGUGUUUGUGGUGAAUUAACGCCUCAUGUGGAGCCCUUAGUGAAUACAACUGGGCGUCAGCUCGAAGAUUCAGACGAAACAAUUUGUUUUGUAGAGCUACUCCGCAAAGUCGGGGGGUAUAAUCAUGCCACGGCUAUGUACGAGACAGCGUUGAAGAUCAUCAGCAAAGCCGAGCAACUGGCUACACAAAGGCUGGGCCAGCACCACGAACAAGUCUACAGAAUUUUAACCACCAAAGCGAUUAUAUUGGUCAACAGUGGGUCCGCGGCUGUGGUGGCUGCGGCAGAAGAAAUAGCUCUUGGAGCAUACCGAGGCUUGACCAGCCUUCUCGGCUUGGACAAUCCGACUACCCGUUGUGUGGGAGAGAUAUAUGCCCGAUCCCUGGUGGCAACUGGAAAGCUAGACGAAGCGCAAGCCAUAUAUGCGGAAAUGCUAGAGUCACAGAAGGGUAUUUCAUCUCCCAAUAUUGUAGUGUCAAGCGCUACCCUCAACGGGCUUGGGAAUAUUGCCUACGCAAAAGGCAAUUGUAAUGAAGCGGAAGAACUCUACCGUCUGGCAUACCAGUCCGACUGCGAUACACACGGCUUAACAUCUCCUCUUACACUCGUCAGUCUGUAUUAUGUUGCAGUUGUCUUAACGGCACAAGAAAAGUGGGCAGAGGCAGAGCCAAAAAUCAAUGAAGUAGUGGAGCGAACUAAUGAGAUAUUGGGUCCAGAGCAUCCGGAUACUCUUUUGGCUUGUAAACUUCAAGCUAGCAGUUUGGUUCAUCAGAAGCGAUUUGAGGAGGCUGAAAAGAUACGCCGCAGGGUAUUGGAAGCCCAGAAGAAAAUACUCGGUCUCGAGCACCCUACAACAAUCCGUACUCUCAGAGGGUAUGGUGACGUCUUGGCAUUUCAACAUAAAUGGGGCGAGGCGGAGGGAAUCUGUCGGCAACUCGUCGAGACGCAAGAGCGAGUCCUGGGUCCUGAGCACCGUGAUACACUCGGGUCGCUCUGCAAACUUGCGCGGAUAUUAGCCAAAUUUGGUCGAGGUGCAAAAGCUAGGAGUAUCUUUCGUCAAGUGUGGGAGUUACGGAAAGGGACACUUGGCCCUGAGCAUCCUGAUACACUUGACAGCUUGAAAUGGGUUGGAUAUCUGAGUGUGAAACUUGGGAAAUUCGAGGAAGCAGCCGAAAUUCUUCAUCAAGUGUUGGAACUACAGAAGCGGGUACUAGGCCCAGAGCACCCCAAAAUUCUUGACACCCUUAGUCGCCUUGGAUUUGUUACCAGCCGUCUACCGCGCGACGAAGAGGCAGAGAGAGUCUACUAUGAACGAUGGCAGCUGGCGCAGAGAAUUCAUGGCCCUACACAUCCCGUAUCACUCAAGUAUCACCUUCGUUUGGGCUCCUGGUUUGAGAGCCGCGCUCGCUAUGGGGAAGCGGAGGAGACCUUUCGUCAGGUCAUUGAAUUGGAAAAACAAGCAUCGCCGCCCAGGAACGGAAAAGUGUUGGAAACCAUGACUACGAUUGCGAGGAUUUUAAGAAAACAGGACAAGGAUGAGGAGGCAAGAAAGGUGGAAGACGAAUGGAACAUAUAG